AUGUCAGCCCACUCUGUUUUUGAAAAAAGUAACGAAAAUGUGGUCACUUUCGAUAUACCUUUAACAAAUCCUGAAAACAAUGUAGUAUAUCUACCAAAUCUCCUUCAAGGCUUUCAACAACAAGUCUCAGCAGACGAAAACAUGGAUUUGGAUAUUUUGGAACAGAAUCCUUCCGACGACUUUAACACAAAAACUUUUGAAGAAUAUAUUAUUGCAGAAACAGAGCGAUACUUGACCAUUCUUCAAAAUGAUACAACACCAGCGGGCUCGGAGUUCUACGCAAUUUCCCGUCCAAACGCGUCACAAGAGUACUUUGGCGCUGCUACUUUUAAACUACCAGAACAAUUUAUAACGUUGUUCAAGCCUGCGACUCCAAUCGGCUCACCUGAGAAACCACAGAAAAAGAAACAAGCCGGACCAGGAAGACCUCGAAAAAACCUACCACAAGAAGCUAAGAAAAUUGCAAGUCCACCCAAGGAACGAAAAAAAGACGCGGCGGCGGCAGCUUCUGAAGCUUCAGCAGAACCACGUAAAACACAAAGAAAGAGGAAAGUUGGUGCUGUUUCUAGUGACUCCAAAGAAAUAAAACCAAAGAAACUUCCUAAGGGAAACCCUGCAAUAGCUGCGCUAACUAUAGAAGAACAAUUUGAAAGUUGUUUCUCCUCAAGUUCGCUCACUACUUCACUCACAUCAACACCAGAAGGAGGAUCACCAAUAGAUACUCCAACUCCGUCUCGGCCUUCAACUCCUAGCAAGAGGCCAACCAUUGCUACAAUCACCAAUACAGUUGAUAUUAUGCCAAAGACUAGCAUGAAUAGGAAUAAUCCAACGAAUAGCAACAAUAACAAUACUACUAUGACUACUCCCUUGACAAUAUCAUCUGAUUCAUCUUCAACGACUCCAUAA